GUCUUAGUAGGAUCUACAACUGUUUUUCUGCAUUCCAGGACACAAUCAAUCCCUGCAGGAGAGAGGAACGAUUUUUCUGAACAGACAUUUUUUCAGUUGCUUUAUUUCCACUGGAGAAUUAUUAAUCUCUUAGUCUCCUCCAAACAAGGAAACUUAUAGAUACCACUUGGACCUGGAUUGGUUCCUGUUCUUGGGAAUAUUUUUUCCUGCUUUUCUUUAAAUUCCUUUUGGACAACCUUCAGGAGCCAAAUGGGGAAAAACCAAAGACAUUUUCCAAAAGCAGUUCGGCCCCAGGUCCCUACCAAUGGCCAUUGUCACCAGGCCAAGUCAGUGCUCUUGCCAGGCUUGCCUCAUCAGAUUGCUCCAUUAAGUAAAGAAGAACGAGUUAGGUCCAGAGCUGAGCAGAUGGCCCACCUUCAGCAUCAUACCAGAACCAAGCUAUCAUCCCUUCCUGAUCACAGGCCCACACCUCUCCCCCUGACGCUGUGCCCAAAACAUAGAGUAACAGCUGCCAAGGUACCCUCCUCCAGCAUGGGGACAGUGACUGCACCGUUACCCAAACUUGAGCAUCCUAGGAGAACAGCUAAACCAUCCAUGCCUUGUAAACACAAUUCCAGGGUUACAAUUUUGCCCUCACUUUGCCCUGAGUACAGGGCCAAAGUUACCCCCGACCACUGGGUCACAUGCACACCUUCCCUGUCCUCACAGAGCAGAGUCAUGGUGGAGUCAUCAUCAUGUCCCCAGAUCCUGGCCAGGGCAACAGCUACACCAUCAGCUGGCCAUGGACCCUGGGCCAAAACCACUUCUGAUCUUUUGUCCCACGCAGUUCAUUGGGGCGAUUCCACCCCUUUGCCCUUUCUAUACUCUGACCAUAUAUCUGGAUCAUCAUCUCACCCUGACCAUCAGACUAUCCCUUCGCCACAUGCCGGCAGUAGAGCAAAAGUUCCAACAAGCCUUCCUCAUCAGGUUAGGAAUAAAUUAGGUCACGCCCAAUGGACAGAGGAACUACCACGCUUUGAUUAUUGGGCUAUACCUCUACUCAUUUCUGACCCUCAAGCAGAGUCUCCUGGGGACCCGAAACAUCAGGAGGAGACUGUCCCAGGCUGUAGUGGCCAAACUGCAUUUCCGCCAGGCCUUAACCAUCCAAACACAAUUCCCUCAAGCCUGGACUAUCAGACUGAAUCUUCACUGGGCCCUGUCCACCUGACCACACUUCAACCCGGCCAGGACAAUUGGACAUAUGCUCCACUGGACCCUGAUAACCAGUACACGACUCCACAGGACCCGGACUGUUGGAUUGAGGCCAGGGACACGACACGGAAGGUUAUACCAAACCCAGAGGUUACACCAGAUACCGCCCCUAACAUAAUACCUCCAACAGGAUCGGAUCGCUCGACCAUACCUUCAGCGGGGCUUAGGCACCAAAAUGCCACUGACCACUACCACCAAGCUGAGGGGGCUGUGCUAGGCUCCAGCGUUCAGGGGACGUCUCCACUAGCCCUAGGCCUUGGGGAAAUAAUACCUUUGGGACCAGACCACCAGGCCAUACCUCACCCGUUUGAGGCUACAGCAAACUUCAACGCCCCGGUCACCCUGACGUCAGGUGUGUGCCACCGGGAAUCCAGGACACUGGGAUCCAACCGCCAAGCAAAAUAUCCAGAAGAACAGGAAAACUGGGCAAUAACCCAAAUGGGCUGUGACCCGCGAGCUGAGGAGGCUGUGCUGGGCCUUAAUGGUCAGGGUACCAUGUCGCUGGGUUCAGAUCACAAGCUUACACGUUACCCUGGCACUGAUUGCCAAGCUGAAGCUGCAGCAGACCUCUAUGCCCGGGUCAUUUUUCUGGGUCCUGACGGCCAGACCAAAAAUCCAGAGGAAGAAGAAAACCAGCAGACACCACAAACGGGCCGUAAACCCCAGGCUGAGGAGGAUGUACCAGACCCAAACAUUCAGACCACAUCUCUGCCAGUCCCAGGCCUUGAGGAAGCAAUGCCACUAGGCUCAGACUCCCACGCUUCAGUACAUCAUAGGCCUGACCUGCAGGUUCAGUCUGCAGGAAGCCCCAACAUCACUCAUUCCAUACCUAUACAUGGCCUGGACCAUGGUACAAAAUCUCCAGAGUAUCCAGGAUCUUGGGCCGUGUCUGUAAAGACACAUAUCCCCAAGGUCAAAUUUCCAACCAGCUAUGACAUACCAACUGAGGUUAAAAUGAACUGUGAUGAUCAAGUUGAGACUCAACCGGGGCUCCGAGACCAGCUCCGGAAUAAAGAUACUCAAUGUUUAAGUGGCAUUGAGCCACUCACCAUUGAGAGGUGGAUAGUCCCUAUAAGAAUAAUAAAUGCCAUCAUCAGUUCUAUACCUCAGGAGAAAAUCAAAAUUGACAUCUAUAAGCAAAUAAUUCUACAGCAGAAGAGUCAAUGUACUAAUAAUUGGCCCAAUGAACUCAUAUCAUCCAGUUAUAGGGUCUGUUUAGCUUGUGCCUCAUGGAUCCCAAAUGGUUGUCCCCAUGUUCAGGAAAUGAAACAUCUUUUUCAAGCACAAUUGCUGGCCAUACCAACACCUCUGCAUGGCUCUGAGGAAGUAGGAUUGAAAUUAAUACUCCGAAUGCCCCAGCAGACAUGUGCCUGCCCCGUCCUUAGCGAUCCAUGUCACCAUUAUGGUACACUUAGACCCUCACACCACUCAAUUCUGUUGUCAUCUUGCUCAGAUUCUGUGUUUCCUAAGUCAUCCAUUCACCAAAAGCUACCUGCAAAGGUCCCUCGAUUUGGCUAUAUGCUUGGCAAUGAUCAGCAGCCACAUAGGCAAAAAAUCUCUGGCAGACAACAGACAUCCAAAGGGGAGCUACAGAUGAAAGACAAUGACAACAGGAAAGAAAAGUCAAAGAGACAUGGGAAAUUUUCCAAAUUUCUCCUGGGAAGAUUUCAAAAAAGAAGAAAAAAAUAAAUCAAUUUAUCUUUUCUCUUUUU